GCGAUCCGGGUAGGCUGGGAUUCAAGAUGGCGGCGCGGACGGUGCUUGGGGCUGUCAGGGGAAACCUCUGGCAGGGCUUGAGGAAUCUGUCCGUGCCCAGCUUUAGGGGCAGUACGACGGAGAGCAGCGGCUUUCUCCUCAGCACCAGCAUGAAGUGGGUGCAGUUUUCAAGCCUACACAUCGAUGUCCCGAAGGAUUUGACCAAACCUACGAUAACGGUUUCUGAUGAACCAGACAUACUGUACAAACGCCUGUCAAUUUUAGUAAAAGCCCACGAUAAGGCUGUACUGGAUAGUUACGAAUAUUUUGCCGUGCUUGCCGCUAAAGAACUCGGUCUCUCUAUUAAAGUGCAUGAGCCGCCCCGGAAAAUAGAGCGGCUUACGCUUCUCAAGUCCGUGCAUAUUUUCAAGAAGCACAGAGUGCAGUAUGAAAUGAGAACGCUUUAUAGAUGUUUGGAGUUACAGCAUCUGACUGGAUGCACGGCAAAUGUCUACCUGGAGUACAUUCAGCGAAACUUACCCGAAGGGGUCGCCAUGGAAGUAACCAAGACACAAUUAAAACAAUUACCGGAACACAUCAAGGAGCCAAUCUGGGACACAGUAGCCGAGGAGAAAGAAGCAAGCAAGCCCUGAGGCCUCGCUCCUGCAGGGAGAGGAGUGGGGCGCGGCUGUGUUCCCAGGAGAGCAGCUGGGUCCGCGCCGUUCCAUGGAGUCCGCUGGCCCCGCGGCGGAGAGCAGAACGCGGAGCUUUCGUGAGGCACAACUGCAGCAGGAGGACCGUGCUGUCUGUCUGCCCGUGUCAUUGUUUCUCGUGACUUUAGCAAACAUGAGCAAACCAGUGAAAUACUCAGACUGAAAGAGUUGAAUUUA